AUGAAACUGGUCAUCCUCAAUGACUACGACCAAACCAGCGACUGGGCAGCAAAGUAUAUCAGGAAUAGAAUUAUUCUAUUUAAGCCAGGUCCGGAUAAAUUCUUCACUCUGGGUUUGCCUACAGGAAGUACUCCUCUUGGAUGCUACAAGAAGCUGAUUGAAUUUUACAAAAAAGGAGAGAUCUCAUUCCAAUAUGUUAAAACUUUCAACAUGGAUGAGUACGUAGGGCUCCCCAGAGAUCAUCCUGAAAGUUACCAUUCUUUCAUGUGGAAUAACUUCUUCAAACAUAUUGACAUCCGGCCAGAGAAUACUCACAUACUAGACGGGAAUGCACCUGAUCUGCAGGCAGAGUGUCAGGCUUUUGAGGAUAAGAUCAAAGCAGCUGGCGGAAUUGAGCUCUUUGUUGGAGGUAUUGGACCAGAUGGCCACAUUGCUUUUAACGAGCCAGGUUCCAGCCUUGUGUCCCGGACAAGGGUAAAAACUUUGGCUAUGGAUACCAUCCUUGCCAAUGCUCGUUUCUUUGAUGGAGAUCUUUCAAAAGUCCCAACAAUGGCACUGACAGUGGGUGUAGGCACAGUAAUGGAUGCCCGCGAGGUCAUGAUUCUCAUCACGGGAGCACACAAAGCCUUUGCCCUCUAUAAAGCCAUAGAGGAGGGUGUGAAUCACAUGUGGACAGUGUCUGCUUUUCAGCAGCAUCCUCAGACUAUAUUUGUAUGUGAUGAAGAUGCCACUCUUGAACUGCGAGUCAAAACAGUGAAAUACUUUAAAGGAAUGAUGCACGUGCACAACAAGUUGGUGAAGGACUUCUAGUUUACACGAAUGCCAAGUGCAUCGUUUAUAUGAAUGAA